AUGGUAACAACGUUAACGGGUGGAAACCCGCACAUUAUCAAUCUCCCUAAAACAUCCACCAGCGCACCGCCAGAUGCUCGAGCAGUGAUCCAAGAGUGGCUUGUAGCUCUAGAGACGGCACUGUCGAAGCCAUCAACACUUAAAAUCGGCUCGCUUUUCCACGAAGAAUCAUGGUGGCGAGAUAUGCUGGCCCUGGACUGGGAUAUGCGCACCUUGCACAGUGCCGCUGAAAUCUCCGAGUUCCUUGGCGCUCACCAGAGUAAGGCCCGACUGUCAAACUUUCGAAUUCAAGAACAGGGGAACUUUCAGCCACGCUGGCAACAGGUGGUUGAAGGGUUAAGCUGGGUUUCUAGCAUGUUCUUCUUCGAAACGGCUUUUGGUAGCGGCACUGGGAUGGUGCGGCUUACUCAGGGAGACGACGGACGCUGGAGGGCGUAUGCGAUGUAUACCUCUUUGCAAGAAUUGAAAGGGGCUGAAGAGCCUUUGGGGAAGAAACGGCCCGAAGGAACGACGGAGAGUAUGCCUGGUGGGCUUGUGGGUGGCACGUGGAUUGAGCGGAGGGAGAGACAGAAAGAAUUCCUGGAUGCAGAACCAACGGUCUUGGUUGUUGGUGCCGGCCAAGCUGGUCUGAAUAUGGGUGCUCGUCUACAAAACCUGGGGCUAUCUUGUCUGCUUGUUGAUAAGCAUGAACGGAUUGGUGAUAAUUGGCGCAAGCGGUAUCGCACACUCGUCACCCAUGACCCUGUCGAAUUCACCCACAUGGCCUAUCUCCCCUUCCCGCAAAAUUGGCCUCAAUUCACUCCCAAAGACAAGCUAGGCGACUGGUUCGAAGCCUACGCUACUAUCAUGGAACUCAACGUUUGGAUGAAGACUUCUGUCACUUCGGCCGACUACAAUGAUUCUACUGCCCAGUGGGCGGUAAAUGUGACUCGCGGGGACGGUUCCCAGCGCAUACUCCGGCCUCGCCAUGUCGUUUGGUGCACGGGUCACUCCGGUGAGGCACGCAUUCCAAGUUUCCCGGGACAGGACUCCUUCCAAGGCACAUUGUAUCACGGUAGCCAACACACUGAUGCGUCCGAAUACAACAACGUUCGAGGUAAGAAGGUGGUUGUUGUCGGCACCGGUAACAGUGGUCACGACAUUGCCCAGAAUUACUACGAGAAUGGCGCAGACGUAACCAUGCUCCAACGCAGUGGGACAUACGUGAUCACUGCCGAUAAGGGUGUCUUUAUGAUGCACAAGGGUCUUCACGAGGACGGUGGCCCGCCCACAGAAGAGGCUGACAUCGUCUCCGAGAGCUUGCCUUUCCCGGUUCAAUUCGCAUUAAGCGUGGACAUGACCCGUCGAAUUGCAGAUGCCGAGAAAGAAACCUUGGAUGGCCUGCGCCGUGCGGGCUUCCAAUUGGAUUUCGGACCUGACGGCGCUGGUAUCGCCCGAGCGUACUACACGCGCGGUGGCGGGUAUUACAUCGAUGUUGGCUGCAGCUCGCUGAUUAUCGAUGGUAAAAUUAAGAUGAAGCAUAGUCCACAAGGGAUCGUAGGCUUUGGCCCGCGUGAGCUGAAGCUUGCGGACGGCACUGACUUGCCCGCUGACGUUGUUGUCCUGGCGACUGGAUAUGAUAAUAUGCGGACGACGGUGCGGAAGGUGCUGGGUGAUAAAAUUGCAGACCGAUGCUUGGAUGUAUGGGAUCUGGAUCAUGAGGGAGAACUCCGUGCUAUGUGGCGCCCAAGCGGGCAUCCUGGAUUCUGGUACUUUGGUGGCAACCUUGCCUUGUGCCGGAUAUACUCCAAGUUCCUGGCGUUGCAGAUCAAGGCUAUCGAAUCUGGAAUUCAGACACAGACCCGGGAGACUAAGAUUUAA